CGACUCGAUGAUCCUUGAAGCUUGGUUCCCCGCUCUCUUCUGCCUUCUGGGAUGAAGUUUCUGCGGAGUUCUGGAGAAAGAAGGUCCCAGUGUGGCUUCCUAGCAAGGACGCCAGUCAGUCGCGGGUGACGGUGCUGGACCUUUGACUUUCACGCCACCUAGUCCGAUAGUCCCGGGCGAUACUGAGUAUAGGAUGAUCAAUUACCGGGUGGCAUUGCAAGUGCCUUUCAAGUAAUUGCCGCUGUUUAGUUGCAUACCGGUAAUUCAUUUGCGGAGUGCCAGGAAAACGUUGAUCAUUGUGCAUCGUGACCUGAAGGCUGUAGUGUAGACACACGGGGAGUAACCAUACUCCAUAGAACAACGACCGUAAUGCAGGCUGGCAGGUUGCUGGGUAAAACUACUCGAGCUAUUCAACGCAGAGCCGGUUUGCACGGCGCGGCAAUGGCGGUGAGAAGUUCAUCAGCGUUUGCCGACCGCCUGAAGGAGCUGUCACUAGCCAAGACAGCAGCACAGUGGAAGGAUAAUCAUCCAAACCAUGGCAAGUGGAAGGAGCAGUUUGCCACCAACGGAUAUCUGGUCAUUGAAGACUUAUUGGACCAAGAAGAGCUGGACGUGUAUAAAGAAAUCUACCGUCAGCUAAUGGAAGGUGAAAUCGACUCCUCAUCACAUCGCCAUGACCUUGGCUCUCAUGUGGAACAGAAGCAGAAGGGCGCGGAAAACGUCUGCCAGAUCAUGUGGCCGAGUGUGUACGUCGAUCAGCUGGAGUGUGGACCAUUACACCAACGGACAGGAGAGAUAUCCAGAACGAUACUGGGAGAUGACCUGGACUUUGACUUUGAUAUGCUGAUUGCCAAGGAUCCCGAGACGAACACGCCAACACCAUGGCAUCAGGACGAGUCGUACUGGCCCAGUAUGCCAGAUAAGAGAGCGGUAUCCUGCUGGGUGGCAAUGGAACAUACUACGCUGGACAACGGAUGUAUGUGGUUUGUCCCGGGAUCGCAUCUGCAGCCACUCCGUGCUCACAAGCCAGCGGCAGAGGGUGCACACGUGCUGCAAUGUGAAGCAUCCGAGGAUGAGGGGGUACCGCAGCCACUCUCGCCAGGCUCGUGCACGAUGCACCAUGGCCGCACGCUGCACUACUCCCGUGGCAACAGCAGCAAGACGACGCGGCGCGGAUUCAUCACCAACUACAGGCCGGCAGCAAUGGUGCGCUGGGAGCGGGAGCUCGGCUUUGACCAUGGAAAAAAGGGACUGGAUAAAGUAGACCAUUCUAUAGCUGGCGAGGUCUAUCGCAACGCCGGACACACCGAGAUCAAGCACACCAAGCCUUCAAAGACGGCCUAGCGUAGCAGUAGUGCGCUGACAUGACGUAACUAGUCCAAGCGUUCUUCUUCUGAGGAGCCGAGCACACCCCAGACACUGGCAGUCAGAGCCAAAGUUCUAAUUAUUAUUAUGAGGAUUACAAGCUACAUCCACGUAAUUGAUUCCUGCAUUAUCUGCUGUGAACUGCUACUACCAGUUUCCUUGUCUUUGGCCUUCAAGCUAAAAAAUGUAAAUAGGUCAACACGGCGAACUAGGUUUCUUGAACAUCAGGCUGUGCACUUUCGUGCGGCUAUGCAUUGGGCCUAGGUAAAGUUCCCAGGAGCGCAUGAUCUCCCCACAUAACUGCGAUUACCGACAAUGAUACUACCUACAGGGAAUGCACGAUCAAAACAGAGAGACUUUCUUUUUAAACCAAUGCUGAUUCAGUUCAUGCUGCUGCUUUCCAUUGUGAUUUCUCUGUCCGGCUCCGAUGGAGAGCCUAGGAUUAACCCGUUUUGUCCAACACUAGCAAUUUUAAAAGCAUGAUACUGGUGAGUCGGAACAUGCAAUAAUAAUAAUUAGCACGUACCGGUUUGACUGAUGUCUCGGAUACUGACAUUCAACAACCUAAUGUUUAGCUGCAUCACGCCUUGGAAUGCGCAAACCGACAGCCUUCAAACUUGGAAGGUUUUAAGGUAGGAAUUGUGCUAAUUGUUGCAUGUUUUUCUGACCCACCAGUAUCAUGCAUUAUAGUUGUUGAGUGUUGGACAAAAACGGAUACCGACUUGUAAACCGUUGGCCCUCUCUUUUCGAACUUUUCUCUCGCCUUGCCAUUUGUUCAAGCUCUUCCUUCACUUUGGUGUACCCUGCGGAUCUUGCCUAUGUUGGCCAACAAUACUGCUAGUAUAAUUUAUAGUAUAAAUUUCUUCUACACUCAGAGACUCAUAUCAUAUGAACAAACAGGCACUGGCCCGCCGCUUUGCCUAACAAAA